AUGAUGGUGUGUUUUGUAGUGCUGGAUAGCCAUCCAUCCAUCCACAAUCAAGCAGGCAUUCGUUGAGCGGCUUUCGCUGUUGAAUGAGCUGCAAACGCGUUAAACAACAACCCGUUCCGUCCGGUCCGUCAGUCAAUUAAAAUUGAGUCUUUGAAGUGCGAGUCGUUCUAUUGAACAGGGGGAAAAAAACAACAACAAAAAAAAGUAUCUAACAGAUACGCAACUGCAGCUGCCUCGAGGCAAGAUUUGCCCGCGCGAGCCAAAGAGUGCAGUUUAUUUAUUUCAUUGUUUUUUUCCAUCUCGUUGUGAAAGUGAAAUUAAAAUUGGUUUUGUGCCCGUUUUUAAACGACGCAAUUAAAUGAAAAUUUUUGUAGAAAUUCAAGCUUAAACAUUUUGUUUCACUCGUUCUCCACUCGUCGUUAUUCUCAGCGGUUGCGGCGGUGUCAGCAAUUUCAACAAGUAACCCAAAUAAAAGUAAAUAAUAGAGAACGCGUUAGCAUCGUUCCAUGGAAUUGGAUGGAGCGACAGCAUCAACAAAUGCAACAACAAAAACACUCCAUAAGCGAAUUCUGUCCUUGAGUUCAACAAUUUGAACACCUGUUUAAUCUCUGGAACCAUUGGAGUUGAGUUUUGAGUGAAUUUCGUAUUUUUGAGGAUAUUCGGUUUCAGUUCAGAACUCAUCAAUAUGAAUAAUUUCACAACCACAACGGCAGCAGCGCCACCACCAGGCACAAAGGAAUCCCUGCCCAGAUCAGGACAUGUUAAUGAGGUCUGCAAGGAAUGGCUCGUGCGUGAGGACGGCGCCCUGGCCUAUAAGUUGCAGUCCCAGGAGAUUAAUGACUUUUAUAAGGGUAAUCGCUACAGAAAUGCUGUGGUCCGCGAAGAUUUCCCCACUGCCCUCCAUGAGCAAAUCAAAGAGAAAGAGCAAGCGCAGCGGCAAGUAGACGACUAUAGGAGACGUCUAACUGAACAAGAGGAGCAUGACAAGCGUGUAGCCAAAGAAAUAGCCGAUAAACUUGAACGUGAUCUGCAGGAACAGCAACAAAGAGAACUCGAUCAGAGUGAACUCAUUGCCAAGCAAAUGCAAGAAAUCUAUGUGAAUUUACCGCCCGUGCCUCCACCAGCCACACGCGACACAACUCGUCCGCCACCCAGGCCAGCCAAAGCAAGUAUACAUCAUCAGCAACACCCACAACAACAACAACAACAACACCUUACCAAUGGCCAUCAUGAGCCCAGCACCUCGCAACAGUCUAGAUACCAACAUGAGCAGCAGCAACAGCAUCAGCCAUUGCAGCUACAGCAGAAACAUUUCUCACAAACAGACAAUUAUGUAGGAUUAUCGCUUAUACCAAAUAUUGUAGAUAUGCCAGCAACACCAACAGCAGCUGCAGCAGUCGCCGCCGCUGUAACAACAACGACAGCAGCGGCUGCAGCGGCAGCAACAACAGCAACAGCAACUAGUACACCAAGUAGACACACACAGUCAACACACAGCCAGCUGUUGGUGAGUGAUGCUACAUCAUCUCAUCAGCAUCAGCAACAACAACAACAACAGCAACAACAACAGCAUACACGUUUCCAUCAUGCACAUCAGCAACAUCAAUCAUCAUCGUCACGUCGCUAUGUAUAUGAACCAUUCAACAUACCAAGCACUGCACCAACAUCCCAGCACACACCCACACAUUCGAUUCAGGGCUCCACCAUAGAUGAAGUUGUCGACUAUGCUGAUGUUGCUGACAGCAUACGCGACUAUAAUAUAUCGUCAACAACGGCAACACCAAACGCAACUGCAGCAGCAUCAGCAACUGUUGUCGAUGCAGCAGCAUUAACCAAACAACGUUCACCGUCUCAUGAGAAUUUACUACGUACUGAACCUAAAUUUCAGAAGCUAUCACCAGAGAAAUAUGACCAACUUGUGGGUAACUUUGGCAUACCAACCGGCACAGGAGCAGCCAAUGGCAGCAGCAGCAAUAGCAAGGCAGUAGAGCGCCACAUGCAGCAACAUGCCGAUGAUAUUGAACUCUAUGUGGAUCCCUGUGAUUAUGCCAGCUUGCGAGAAAUCGGUUUACCCAUGGACGAGAUAAAGGAAAUGAGUAAAAAGCUCAAACAGGAACAAAAAGAUGAAUUGCUUGCCCGUCGCUUGCAGGCGAUUGAGUCCAAAGAUUGUGUGCGGCAAGAGCAUAGAGAUCGCAUGUUAGCCAUCGAAGCACAGGAUAAAGAGUUGGCCAAAAUGCUGCAAGAUAGGGAGAAAGCCAAAGCCAAACGUGCCAAGGAGAAGGCACGCCUACGUAAAUCUCAGCAAAAGGAAGCGGCUGCUGCUGCCAAUGGAGGAGUCAAUAGCAAUGGUCUUCUAUGUGGCACAAGUUCACAUUGUGGUCCCCUUUUGGCAUUACCGCAAGACUGUAUGGCCAUGUCACAGUCAACGCAUUCCCAGGCGGACAUUGAUGUGGAGGCCUAUUCCAAUCCCAUAGAUGUCUUGAAUAGCAGUCGUGAGCAACGUCAACCGAAUGGCACUCUGACCAAUGGUAGUCUGACUCGAGAUGGUGGCUCCAAUCACAGCUCCAUGCAGCGGCAACAACGACUGGCACAAGCGACUAGUCUCAGUCGUGGCGAAGAUGAUAUCUAUACCUUGCCCGUGGACAGCUGUAGACCUGGUCAGCAGCGACCAGUCUCAUUGCAUAUGGCAGCAGAGACAGUUCAGCAAAUGCAAACACACAAUUCCAUGACGCGCUCUGAGCACUACGGAUCGGAGGCAGGUUCCCAUGACAGUUCCAUACACAAUGGUCAUGAUAUAUCGCCACACAUGAAAUACUCCAAAUCUGGCAAUUUUGGUAUAUAUAUCAAAGCGCCAGCCCCACGCCACCUUACAUGCCAAUUCAAGGUACUCGACGAUCAAAUUCUAGUGAAGAUCGUAAAAAGAAAUCCAAGGACAACAAAUGCACGCAUCAGUAGAGCCUGAAAAUCCAUUAAUGAAAACACAAUAACUUUUUAUUAUUAUGCAAAUUGACAAUGAAAUUGUUUAGAUUAUAUACACAUUUUUAGAUAUUCGAAUUUUAAUUAAGUAUGUACUUAUCAUAUAUCUAGCUUAGAUGUACUUAGAUUUUACAAACUUUACAUAUGAAUUCGUUUUACAUAAAAUAUCACACAUGAUAAUAAUAGAUUCAAAUCGGAUUAACAAUAAAUAUCCAUUUUUGAUGAUUAAA